AUGGCCUCUCAGCGAAGACACUCUGGCUCGCCCAGUCUCCUCCCUGGGCAUCCAUUCCCGCUCGACCAUUCCCAAAGAGAAUCCCUUCUAUCGCACCGCGCACACUGCCGCUCGCACUGCAGCCUUGUACAGACCCGCCGGGAAACGCGAACCCGGUUUUCCCUCCUCGUGUUCCUCGUCUCGCUAUCCGCAGCGCCGCUGCUCCGCCCGACCCACGCCUCUCCCCCCGAUGUCUCCGCGCUCUACAUCGUCCGCCUGCGCUCCGCGCCGCCCGUCGCCUCGUACCGCGGCGGAUUUCCCGGCUACCCGGCAACGGCCGUCUGGGACAGCGACCCUAACGGCAACGCGACAGACGCGACGUCAGACGACGCCGCCGCCGGUGCCAGUGACGCUGGCACCGCUUCUGCUUUCGCCGCCGCUGGUGCGGCUACUACCAGCGGUUUAGGAUGGCUCGGCCGUCGACUGCGGCGGCCGCGUUUGAACUUGAGGGCGCCGGGCGUGAGGGCGUUCAAGCAGCUGCUGCAGCGCAUGCAGCAGGCCGUGCUGAGAGACAGCGGGGUGACCGAGGCGAAGAUGGUGUACAGCUACAUGCACGCAUCCAACGGCUUCUCAGCGACCCUCACGCCAGCACAGGUGCAGCGGAUGAAGAGGCAUCCAUCUGUCGCCUCCGUAACGCAGGCGCGCGUGCUGCGCCCCGCCACCACCGACUCGUACAAGUUCCUCGGCCUGCCCGGGUCGCUCUGGGCCGCUGCGGGCGGGCCCAGCAGCGCGGGGGACGGCACAGUGAUUGGCAUCGUGGACACCGGCAUAUGGCCCGAACACGCUUCCUUUGACGAAACGGGCUACAGCAGCACACUCCCGUCAGGAUGGUCAGGCACGUGUCCCACUACAAGCGACUUCGCAUGCAACAACAAGAUCAUCGGUGGGGGAAUCUUCCACGCGGGCUUUGAGAGCGGCGGCACCACCAUCGACCUCUCAGGCGACUGGCUCUCGCCGCGUGAUUCUUUCGGGCACGGCACCUGGUGUGCGGGGGCGGCAGCAGGCAACAACAAUGUGCAGAUACCCAACAUCGGCGCGGCCAGCGGCAUGGCGCCAGGGGCACGCCUGGCCAUCUACAAGAUCUUCUGGCAGUCAAAUGGAAAUUUGUACGCCACCAGCCCUGACAUCUUCUCAGCCAUUGAUCAGGCCGUCGCCGACGGUGUGGAUGUGCUGAGCCUGUCGCUGGGCGGAGCCAGUCCCACGGAUACUUAUUUUGAUGACGUGCCCUUCAUCAGCGUCAACGCCGCCGGGGUGUUCGUGGCCUUUGCAGCGGGCAACGACGGCCGUCCAUCAGCAUUCGCAGCCACGGGCUAUCGCACGCUCUGCAACUUCUCUCCCUACUACAUGACCGUGGGCGCCAGCACCAUCAUCCGCAACGGAGCAUCCAUCUCCUCCACUACAGCAGCAGCAGCAGCGUCACUCGAAACUUCCUCCAACACCACAACCUCCACAGCCUUCGCAGCCACCACAGUGUCAACCCUCAAUGGGGCGCGCAUCCCAGCCAGCAUCUCCCCUGCAGCCACCGCCGCCCCUGUAAUCGCCUACUUCUCCUCCACCGGCCCACUCGCCAAGCCAUCACGCGCCACCCCUGCCGCCUACCCCUCCAACACAAUUCUCAAGCCAGACAUCAUCGCCCCGGGAGUCGAGCUUUACGCUGCUUUUCCCGGCAAGACUGUUGGCUCUAAAGGAGGGUUUGAAGCGCUGUCAGGGACGUCCAUGGCCACUCCACACAUCGCUGGCAUUGCUGCUCUCAUCAUCCAGCAGCAUCCUGAUUGGACGCCCUCGCAGGUCAUGUCUGCAAUGAUGACUACAGCACGCACUACUGAUACCGGUAACGGAGCGAUUAAAAACGAGUACAGGGCCGCUGCUACGCCGUGGGAGAUGGGAGCGGGGCAUGUGGUGCCUGCUAGGGUGGUUAACCCUGGCCUCACGUGGGUGGACAACAAGGGGCACUCCGUGCGGUCAGUGCUGGCCGUGCAGCCCUCUAGUGUGUGCUACUUUGGUUGCUAA